CAUUGAAGAAAAAAGUAUUGGGCUUGAUUGAGCCUUGCAUGCAACAGCGUUUGCGAUGUAAAUAUUAUUAUACAGCUAUAUUUUAACACAAAAUAGCAUUAAAGAUUCAUAUUUAAGAGUUUUGAAAAGACCUUCCUGUAUCAGAUUUCAGCUAAAAGGAAAUCAAAAUGUUAUGUAAUAAAGUUAAGAUGGAAGUAAAUCCUAAUUUUACCAGUCAGCACUUGAUUUACAAACAAACAAAGCAUUUAUUUCAUGUACCAAAAUUUACACCAGAUAAAGAAAUGCUGUCUAAAAUAUUAAAAAAACAAAAUAAGAAAGGAAAUAUAUUUGAAGGAUUAUAUGAGGCAUUAAGAAAAGUGCAAACAUUUCAGUUGAUCCCAGUUGUUCAUGCUAACUUAACAAAAAGUCAGAUUGAGGAAGUGAAAAAAAUUGCUAGUCAAUAUGAAGUUACUGACAGUGAAAUUGAUAACUUUAUAUCUGAAGAAACUGGAAAAGAUCGACUUCGAAGGAUGUUUAGAAAAAAUGAGUUGAAUGAAAGAUCAGAUGAAGUGGUAUUUAUUUGGGAUAAUACAGUAAAAAUGACCGCAAUAGCAUACCUUGGAAUGUUUUUAUUAAAACUUAUGAAUGAGAAGAGGGAAUUCAUAAGGAAAAGCAAGAGUGCUGUAUACUUUUCUGGCUUCCAAGCAGGAAGGCAAAUGAGAGACACAGUAAUUACAAGAUCAGUAUUAUUUGGUGGAGCUUGGGCUGCAAGGUGUGGAUUUCUAGCAGGAAGUGUAUUAGCAGUGUCACAAAGUAUGGCAGUUUAUAGAAAUAAAACAUCUGUAUGGGAAUAUGUCAUUGGUACAGGUGUGGGAUGCAGUCUCAGUAGAUUUAUGCAUGGUCCUGAAGGAAUGUUUGGAGGAUUUCUUAUAGGAAGUGUCAUUGGGUUAGGUAUAGGUAUUCCUGUGGUGUUGUUGAUGAAAAGUUUAAAUAAAACACAAGAGGAUAGACAUAGGGAUCAAAUUAGAGAAUUGUUGCGAUAUAAAAAGAAAAUUCGUGGAGAAAUUAAGAAACCAUUGACUAUUAUACAUGUGUUAGAAGAAACAAAGCCAAAACAAGGAGCUACUUCUGUAUCAGAAGAAACAAAACCAAAAGAAGGAGUUACUUCUAUAUCAGAAGAUAUAAAAAAACCAAAACAAGAAGCUUCUUCUAUAUAAGAAGAAACAAAACCAGAACAAGAAGCCAAAUGAAAGUAAAACUAGAUACAUAUUGCUGGUUAUGUACAACCAGGUUGAACACCUGUUUUAUUUGGGACAUUAUAAUAGUCAAAAGCAUAACUAGGAUGAAAAAACUUUGACAAAUAAUUUCUGGCUUGGUCAACAUUUGACUGUGAUAAAGUGCAAAAUUAAAAAGUUGAAAUUUA